AUGGAUUCCCUGGUGGAUGGGAACCGCACUGCAGUGACAGAGUUCAUUUUGUUGGGUUUGACAGAUGAUCCAGUCCUUCGAGUCAUCCUCUUCAUGGUCAUCCUGUGCAUCUACCUGGUCACCAUAACUGGCAAUCUCAGCACAGUCAUUCUUAUCAGAGUCUCUUCCCAGCUCCACCAUCCCAUGUACUUUUUUCUGAGCCAUUUAGCUUUUACUGACAUAGGCUUUUCUUCUUCUGUCAUACCCAAUAUGCUUGUUAACUUCCUAGUAAAGAGAAAUACAAUCUCCUACAUUGGAUGUGGUAGCCAGCUUGGUUUAGUUGUUUUCUUUGGGACAGUUGAGUGCUUCCUUCUGGCUGUUAUGGCAUAUGAUCGAUUUGUGGCCAUCUGCAACCCCCUGCUGUAUUCAACCAAAAUGUCCACACAGGUCUGUGUCCAGUUGCUUAUAAUAACUUAUACAGGUGGUUUUCUCAAUAGUUGCACUUUUACUAUUUGCUUCUAUAGUUUACUCUUCUGUGGAUCAAAUAGAGUCAAUCACUUUUUCUGUGAUUUUGCUCCUUUAGUUGGACUCUCCUGUUCUGAUGUCAGUGUCCUCACAGUUGUUUCCUCAUUUUCUGCUGGCUCCAUCAUCGCAUUCACAAUGAUAGUCAUUGCCGUCUCCUAUAUCUACAUCCUCAUCACCGUCCUGAAGAUGCAUUCCAUUGGGGGCUGCCACAAGACCUUCUCCACCUGCACCUCCCACCUCACUGUGGUCAUUCUGUACUAUGGAACCAUUUCAUUCAUUUAUGUGAUGCCCAAGUCUUUCUUCUCUUCUGACCAGAACAAGGUGAUAUCAGUGUUCUACACAGUGAUGAUCCCCACAUUAAACCCCCUGAUCUAUAGUCUCAGGAAUAAUGAGAUUAAGGAGUCUCUGAAGAGAAUGCUUGGUAGGAAAAUAUUUUCUUAG